AUUCUUCCUUCCUUCUCCCAUAUCUCGCUUUCAGCGCUAGUCGCUCCAGGGUUCUCGAUUGAAUUCUGCUGAUAUCGAAGGCUUGAAGCUUUUUGAACAUUCAUACACUCAUUCCUUUGAUUUUAAUUUCCGGUCCUUUUCACAACCGAUAGUCAUGAGGUCUUUCAGUUCGCUUUUGGCGCUUUGCUCGCUUUUGGUUACUUCUGUGGUUGCUCGCCCAGCUGCGAUUCAGCGUCGAGACGUAGACCCGACUCUUGUUCCAGAGUUCGGACACCCCGCUGGCUUGAACCCGACCGGAACUGGAGAUUGCGACGGCAUUACAAACGCCGCAGGUCAAGUGGUUAAAAUCCCCUGUUUCUGCCCCCCUGACCGCAACGAGUUCUUGCAGGCCCUGAAUGCGAACGUCAAUGCAGGCCGCGCUGUCAAUAACCCUAGCGUGGCAGUAUCCUUCCCGACAGACAGUUCAAAGGCCUCGCAGCUAGAGCGCAUGCAAACUGCUCUCGUAACCUUGCAAAACAUGCGCGGCCCUGGAGUGGGAUGCCCCGCUGCCGCAACCACCUUCCUGGCCCAGCUGCGUGCGAUCCAAGAUGCCCCUGAAGAUGCUCCAGCACCAGUAACACCCGCACCUGAAGCUCCCGCACCUGCUCCCCCCGGCCCACCUGCAGCUGGGGCUAUCGACCCUGCCCUCAUCCCUGACCUCGGCCAUCAAGCUGGUUUGAACCCUACCGGAACCGGCGACUGCGACGGAGUUCCCAACGCUAACGGACAGGUCGUCAAGAUUCCAUGCUCGUGUCCACCUGAUCGCGCUACCUUCAUUGCUGCAUUGACCCAGAACGUUGCCGAAGGGCGUGCGGUCAACAAUCCAUCCGUUGCAGUGUCGUUCCCAACAGAUGAUUCCAACGAAUCCAAGGCCGCCCGGAUUAUUGCUUCGUUGAUCACCCUCCAGAAUCUCAAUGGCCCGGGACUUGGAUGCCCAGGUGCGGCCACGACUCUCCCGGCUCAAUUGAGGGCAGUCCAAGGGUAGACAGCAAUUUCUGACACAGCGAGACUGUGACCUAAUAGACUUUAUGCAAUGCGAUAUUUUCUUUGUUAUGU